ACAUAGGGAAGAGUGCAGGUGCAACAGAGCCAAACCGUCAAUAGCAGAAAUCAAGUGAAAACAAGUGUCUGUGUCGCUGGGAUUCAAGCGAAACCAUCGAACUCCCUCCCCAACACCUGAGGCACACUCCACAAAUCUCUACAACUCCAUAUCCAUCCCAUUUUAUCCUCUAUAAAUACCCAUCCAAUUCUCACAAUCUCUUCAACAAAGCUUCACACAAUCAUAUCAUACACUUCUCUUAUUUUCCUCUUACAAUCAACAUUUUGUUUCUCUUUCACAAUGGCUAAAAAUGUUGAACAAUCUGCUACCUUGGCUUCCCUUGACCAACAGCUGGCCCUGGCCAAGAGCUGCUCUCAUGAGGGCGUGCUGGCUGGAGCUAAGGCAGCCGUUGUUGCUACCAUUGCCACUGCAAUUCCAACUUUAGCUAGUGUAAGGAUGCUGCCAUGGGCAAGAGCCAAUCUGAACCCCACCGCACAAGCUCUCAUAAUCUCCACAGCGGCUGGAGCUGCUUAUUUUAUAGUUGCAGACAAGACUGUUUUGGCUACGGCACGGAAGAACUCCUUCAAGCAGGCCCCGAACAUGAAGGCAAGAAUCUGAGUUUGGUUUAAAUUUAAGACUCGGCAUCUAAUGUAAGCCAUACUUAUUAUCAUCCAGUUGGCUAUAAAAAGGGAUCAGAAUUAGAAAGAAGGGGUGGGGUGAGUUGAGUUAGUAUUCUAAGAAGCUGCUAUUUUAUCCUGUUACUAUGUAAUCCAUCGGAUUUGUAAUAUAAAUAAAUAUGGUUUUCCUUUACAA